AUGCGCAUUUUAUCUUUUGGACAAGAUAACCCGUCUGCUUCAUCAUCUACGCAAACAGCCGCGCGCUUCCUGCGGGUCCCCGGAUCCCGCCUCCCGGCCCAGCCCGCCUCCCGCCCGGCGCUGAGUCCGGCCGCCGCCACGCCCGUCCACCCCCCGCCACACCCCUCCCGUCGCUACGAGUCCGCCACCGCUUCUCCGGGCCUCACCUUCCCCCGGAGGAGCGCGUCCCGCGAGAAGGGAGCAGCCGGCGCCCCGGGAAGCCCAGGCUCCCACCUCCACUUCCCACGCCCCCCGCCUCCUGCCCCCCGACGGCCCAGCGCCGAGGGCCCGUCCCCCGAGAAGGAGUCACUAGGGCGGAGGGCGGAGGGCGGAGGGGGAGGAACCGACACUCCACCGUUGAAGCACGAAGCCGAGCGGCCCCCGGGCCGCCGCCCACCCGCUCCCUCUCGGCCGCGAGUCCGCUUCCCGCGCGUCUCCCGCUCCGCGCCCUGGCGCCCGCGGCUGCCCGACGUGGAGCGCCCCGCGCGGGCGGCACGGAGGCUCGGCGCCGAGGGCCUCGGACACGCGGACACAGACGGAGCCGGUGCCCGGACUCGGCCGCCACUGGGCGCACGUCCUCGCGUCUCCACGACCGUCUCGCUCUCCUCUGGCUCCUCCUUCCCGCGGGGCCGUCCUCUCACGGACCGGGACCAGGUCGGUGCCCGUCGGCCUGUCGUCUAUUCCGUCGGUAACGAAACCGCAGCCGCGGGAACCGCUGUGGCCCCAGAUCCGUCAGGACGUGGCCCGGCGCGGGCGACCGAGUGGCUCCGACCCCGCCUCCCGGAGCCGGGCCGGGCCGGGCUGGGCCGGGGGCGCCUCGGCAGCGUGGGCCCCGUUAGGGCGGUUCUCACGGCCUCGCCGGGCCCUCCUCCUCCCAACCCGCUCCUCCCUCUGCCCGCGUCCCGCCACCCAAAGGGCGCCCACCGGCUCCGCCCUCUCGGCGCCUCCGCCCCAGCGGGCGCGGCUUCCCACACCCACCGCCUCAACGUCCGGACUCGGCAGCGGGUCGCCAGCUCAGCCCCGAGGCGGCGGCCGACCGCACCGCUGCCCGUUGGGGAACGGCCUCCGCAGCGCGUCCGGGGUUGAUGCCCACCCUGGGACAGAUGAGGGCUGCAGGACACGCCCUCCAGAACUCUGCCAGGCGGCUUUCUGCAGGAAGAGGGGUGAAAUGAGCAGGUGUGUGGGUGGGCAUGGGAGAGGAGCGGUGCAUGAAUCGCAUUUUGAACCUUUUACAGGUUGGUUUUUGGUUUUGUGUUUAAUAUUUGAAAGGUCAUCCUGUCAGCAGUAGGAAGGGUGGAUUUUUGGAGAGGGCAUGGCAAUAUUAAACCUGGCACAGAGAGGCUUCCUUGGAGGUGUUUGCAAUAAUUGCAGGAAGGAACAGGUCAGGGAAAGUUGGGAGGUGAAAUCAGUGGAGUCUAGUGACAGUGGAUGGAACGUGUGAAUGAGAGAGAAUGGAGGGUGACUCCUGGGUUUCUCAUAUAGGAGAACAAGUGAGUAAUUAGCUGGUGGUGACAUAGCAACAGGGGAUGCAAGAGGAAGAACAGGUUUGGGGAAGGAAAUGAGUUGAGUUUGGGACUUGUAAAUAUCUACACUAAUAAAAGAGAAGCAUGCAAAUUAGCAUCACUCUGCUAUGCCCACCAGCCAAUCAGAAUGACUAUGAAAAUGAAUCCAACAAAGAUGGCAGUUAAUUUGCAUACACAGGUACAGAGUGAAGACUGAAGACUUCUUUGCUGCAGCCGGACCAAAGGCCUGGGUCCCGGGUGCUGGAGGAAAACAGGUGCCAGCAGCCAGGGGAAGGAAGGCCUAUUGCGCAAAUCUUCAUGCAAUGGGCUUCUAGUAUAAUAAUAAAAGGGUAAUAUGCUAACUAGACCAGACGUCUUCCAGACAUCAUUCCAGAUGUCCUUCCUGACGAAGCUGGGGCCAGAGGGAAGCCAGCUGGGUUCCAGAUGCCUGCAGGUGACCCAGGGGAAGCCAGCCCGGGUCCCAGUGCCGGAGGGAAGCCGGUGCUGGCAGCUGGGGGAAGAAAGGCCUACUCUUGCAUGAAUUUUCAUGCAUCAGGCCUCUAGUGACAUUAUAAUAGGAUAUUUAAGUUGAGGUGUCUGUCCUGCCAGUGUGGCUCAGUGGUUGAACAUGGACCCAGCAACUGAGAGGUCAUGGUUCGAUUCUGGUCAGGGCACAUGCCCAGGUUGUGGGCUCGAUCCCCAGU